AUGGCGUCGAAAGUUACUUUUGCGCUAAUUUUCGUAGUUGCUGUUUGUCUUAUAACGCCACCGGUAACAGCAACGAACGUCCAGCUUCCAGCGGUCUACCCUCUCGUGAACAUCCUCCUCCCCCUCCUGAACAACGUGUACAACCUCCUAUUGUCUCUCUUGUCCAUCUUCGACACCCUCCCUUCCUCCAUCAGCUGCAUGAUCCCUGUGGACCUGGGUGCCUUGGAGACCUCACUCCUGAAGUUGUACUCUCAGGCUUUGGCUAUCGUCAACUUCUUGAGAUCUCUCCCAGAAUACGCGGCGGGCGCUAACCCAAACACUCCUCCAGACAAUAUGAAGAACCUCCAAGGCCUGCUGACGUCCCUGGUGACUGCCAUCACUGACCUGGCCGAGGACCUGUUGGUAGGAGUUGGUGGUGGACUGUUACCCGGCCUGUUGCAGCUUGUGGUCUGUGUAGUAAACGCUCUGCUGCAAAUAUUGAUAUAAGUGAUGUCUAAAGCGGUAAUUACACUUGCCAAUCCAUCCUUCCCCAUGCGCCAAGGUCACGGACCAGUUUAAAACACCUCGUUUUACACAGACACUACAUAGAGACGUUAACGUACACGCGCAUCUGUGUUUGUGACGUCUGACGCCAUACGAUUGCAGACUAAAGUCCGAGGGGGUGAGGUAAACCUAGCUCAGCCGCUGGUGGGGAGCGGAGAGUUACCGUUCUAUACGUAGUAUU